UGAGUAUGAGACACGGACGAGGAGAGACACAGACAGAGAGAGAGAGAAAGGGAGUCCCAUUUUCUCCUGCAAGUCAUCAAUUAAGAUUUCCCUCUAUCUCUUGCCUCUUUCGCUGUCCCUGCUUUUGCACCCGAACACUCAUCCAUAAUACACAGACAGCCGACGUAUUUAGAAUUUAGAAGAGACAGAGAGGGAGGGAGACUCGAGAAUUCCCCUUCCUCUCUGCCUCUGCUGCUCUUCUUCUUCUCCUUCUUCCUGUUGCCACCGCUCCGCCACCGCUCCGCCACCUCAAUCAAACUACUCAGAAGUGGGGUCAGGGUGCAAAGAGAUAAAGACAUUGAGUCAUGGGCUGCUGUGAAUCGUUUCCGUUAAGGGAGACUGAACCAGAGAAAGGAAAAGUACAGAAUCAUAACCAAAACCCGCCAUUUAACCACCCACCUCUCUCCGGUGAUGCCGACGCCUCUGCCGCUGCUGCUGGAGUCCCUCCGUUCUCAGAGUUCUCACUUUCAGACCUCAAAGCUGCCACCAAUAACUUCAGCUCCGACUUCAUCGUAUCUGAGAGCGGCGAGAAAGCCCCCAAUCUCGUCUACAAGGGCCGUCUACAGAACCGCCGAUGGAUCGCCGUCAAGAAAUUCACCAAAGUAGCGUGGCCUGAUCCCAAGCAGUUCGCUGAGGAAGCGUGGGGAGUUGGGAAAUUGCGGCAUCGUAGGCUUGCGAAUUUGAUUGGUUACUGCUGCGAUGGCGAGGAGAGGUUACUUGUUGCUGAAUACAUGCCCAAUGACACCCUUGCGAAGCAUCUAUUUCACUGGGAAAAUCAAACCAUUGAGUGGGCAAUGCGUUUAAGAGUUGCUUUAUAUAUUGCUGAAGCCUUGGACUACUGUAGUACGGAAGGGCGACCGUUAUACCAUGAUCUUAAUGCUUACAGGGUCUUAUUUGAUGAGGAUGGCGAUCCACGGCUUUCCUGUUUUGGCCUUAUGAAAAAUAGCAGGGAUGGGAAAAGUUAUAGCACAAAUCUUGCAUACACUCCUCCAGAGUAUUUAAGAAAUGGAAGGGUCACUCCUGAAAGUGUCAUCUUCAGCUUUGGAACUGUCCUCUUGGAUCUUCUUAGUGGGAAACACAUUCCUCCAAGUCAUGCUCUUGACAUGAUACGUGGCAAAAACAUUCUUCUCUUAAUGGAUUCACACUUGGAGGGAAACUUUUCAACUGAAGAGGCAACUGAGGUUGUUGGGCUUGCUUCUCGUUGUUUGCAAUAUGAACCUCGGGAGCGACCAAAUCCAAAAAACCUUGUUGCAACACUCGCACCACUGAUCACAAAACCUGAUGUUCCGUCUUAUGUGAUGCUUGGAAUUCCAAAGCAUGAGGAAGCUCCUCCUACACCACAGCAUCCUCUCUCUCCAAUGGGUGAGGCUUGUUCACGAAUGGACCUCACAGCUAUCCAUCAAAUUUUGGUGAUGACACACUACAGAGAUGAUGAAGGAACCAAUGAGUUAUCUUUCCAAGAGUGGACACAACAAAUGCGAGAUAUGCUGGAAGCAAGGAAGCGUGGGGAUUUUGCCUUCCGUGAUAAAGAUUUUAAGACCGCAAUAGAUUGUUAUUCUCAGUUCAUUGAUGUGGGAACAAUGGUUUCCCCUACUGUUUAUGCGCGACGUAGCCUCUGCCAUCUCAUGAGUGACCAACCAGAUGCUGCCCUCAGAGAUGCAAUGCAAGCACAGUGUGUGUACCCAGAAUGGCCGACAGCCUUCUACAUGCAGGCUGUUGCGCUUGCUAAGCUUGACAUGCACAAAGAUGCAUCAGACAUGUUGAACGAAGCAGCAGGACUGGAAGACAAGAAGCAAAGAGGCACUAGAGGAUCUUAAUCCUGUGAGCCCUGUUGUAUAAUCCAUAUAGUUGCACCAACCUAUCCAUUGCUGUUGAUAAGAGAACAUUGAGAUUUGAGCGAGUUGGGAUUUGGCCACUCAAUCAAAGAAUGUAUAAUAGCAAAAAGAAAAUGUUCUUUUUUUUAAUUUGUAUUUUCUCCAAUUAUCUUUUUUGAUUUCUUUUUGGUAAGAUGAUGGUCUGGUUUAAAAUGUGUAUAUGUAUGGAAUAUAUGGUACAGCAGGAUCUUCUGAAAGGCCACAAGAGUUUUGAUGGGUUAAGAAAUGUAUAACUCAGCGUUACCAUCAAUAAAAUGGCUCUUGAACUCUUCUCCA